AUACAGAAGUACCUGUGUAAGAACAGCUGUGGCUACAGUGAUUUUCUCAUCAAGACCUCACAAGAAAAUAAAACCAAAUACUCCGUUUACGACGACAAAAGAGCAAGAGUCGUCGCAGUGACCAUCUCUGGUCUUCGUUUGGAGGACGCCGGGGAAUAUUGGUGUGGAGUGACCAGAGCAGGAAAAGACAUCUACACUGAAGUAAAGCUGGACGUAAAAGCAGACAGAUUGAACAUCAGCUGUUCGUACGACUCUCAGUCUGUCGACAAGCUGAAGUUCUUGCAGAGGAAACCGCCCUCCACAUGUCAACAGCAGGCAGUGAUCAACUCUAGAAACACACAAAAUGGACGAUUCAGACUCUCUGAUGACAGGAAGUCAAGAAUAUUCACAGUGACCAUUUCCAGUCUGACCCUGAAGGAUUCUGGGUCGUAUCUUUGUGGAGUCCAGAGAAUCUCAGGAUUUGAUGUUUUCUCUGCUGUUGAAGAGGUCAAAGGUGAGAGAUGA